UUAUAUUAAAUUUACAAUUUUAUGAAAUAACUUAACGAAAUAAUAACAAUAUUACAUAUAUGCACGACUUACAAAUCGUAGCACAUCAUAGAGGGCUUAUCAAAAGUUUAUGUUUAGCUAAAUCCAAAUCAUGUCGUUGCCGGCUAAAAUUACAUUGGGAGUAGCAAUUGGUAUUUCUAGUGCCAUUAUAGGUUAUGUCCACUAUAAACAGUCCGAAGACCGACUAAAGCUACAUCAAGGUGUAAUACGCGAUGUGGAACAGCAGCAACGACGCAAACAUGAAAACAGAUAUACACUGCAACAGCAGAUUGACAUAACAAAGCAGCUGAAAGCGAUGGAAUCCAAGACAGAGGAUGGUCCCAAGAAACCCGAAAAACUGGACUCGAUUGUUGUACAGCCCCCAGAAUAAGAAUAAAGUUAUUUAGCUUUCA